CUUCCCUUCACUACAACAAAUCUUGAUCUAAGAGAUCUCUUUAAGCAUUGUGGAAAUGUUAUGAGGGCAGAAAUCUUAGAACAAGGUGGACGGCCUAAAGGCGCAGGAAUAGUACAAUUUGAUUCUUAUGAUUCUGCACGACUUGCUGUUGUGGAUCGAAUUAUCGAUUCGGUAUUAAAUGAGUCCGUUAAAGUGACGCCGACAAAUGGGAGUAUGUCUCGGUUAAGUUUCACUUUAUCACAAUUUGGUAAGAGACCCUAUAUCGUGGGUCAUCGUGGCGCAAGUGACACUUAUCCCGAGAAUACGAUUAUUGCAUUUGAAAAGGCUAUUCGGGAUGGCGCAGAUGCUAUUGAAUUUGAUAUUCAAAAAACUUUGGAUGAUAAAGUGAUUAUCUUGCACGACUUGCAUCUUAACAGGACAACUACAGGGGUUGGAAAAGUCGCCAAGGCCAAUUAUUACGGCAACUUAGAACACGUCACUACAAAACAGGCACCGCACUGUCAUCUUCCACUUUUCGAUGAUGUGAUUGAUAUGUUGUUAAAAGAACAAAAUAAACAUGUAUGGGGUGUAAUCGAUGUCAAACCAGGUAAUCCGCUAAAUAUUUUCGAAUUACUUGCCGAAAUUCUACGUUCGCGGAAUUCCGAUUUAAAGGUAUUCUCAAAACGUAUUAUGCUCGGAAUCUGGCAUCCAAAAUUCUUGCCGUAUGCACGAAAGGAUUUACCGGACAUCCCUAUCGUAAAUAUCAGCGAAUCGCUUAGAAUCUCACGCGAAUUUUUCAGCGAUGUUGACGGAUAUAAUCUGCGGGGAACAAUUCUCGCCGGAAAAGACGGGCAAAAAUUCGUGAAAAAUGCACAUGACACCGGGAAACCGGUAUACGUGUGGACUAUUAACUCCAAAUUACACGCAAAAGACUGUUACGAUUUGGGUGUUGAUGCUAUUAUGACCGAUAAACCGAAAUAUGCCAUCGAAUAUUUUCAAAAUGAAAUGUUUUCUACAAACAAUUAUUGGUGGUUUUCCUUCUUUCGUUUCUUUC